AUAAAUCUGCAAUAUUAUUGAAUAUAAAGGACGCAGCACACAGCGUUGUGUGCUUGGAUAGGAAAACACUGGAUGACAAACAAACAAAAGGGAUUUUUUGCAGCGUUAGGAUUCUAUUACAUCUGUUCACAGCCACGUGUAUUAUGGACAAAUGACAUGUUAACGCUUUCACCUAAUUGCCUAAUUGCUGAAUGUUGCUGCUGCUUACAAGUGUCACUCCAGUCCAUUGCCCCCUCGCACCUCGGCUGUCUGCACAGACUCCACCCUGGCUGGAAUGCAGGAAAUCAACUAACGACAGGGGUUUGGCAUGUAUAGCAAACCCAGCCCUUUUUCAUACAUGUUCGUUUGGUUACCUAUAUGUUUUCUAUUCUAUUGAGCAGCGUAUGCUCCGGCUUGUUCGUCUGGCCACACCGUUACAUUGUAGUCGUACCUGUUCCCUAAUCAGGGUUUAGUGUUGGUUGGCACACACGGAUAUGGUGAGAUAUAAAGACAUUUCAACUGCCAAGACAUCAAAGUUGACUUUCUCCCAAAUUCAGCGUUUGGUGUGUGCAUAUUACAAAUGCAGAAUGCGGUGGUGUCCCAGCUCAACGGUCCACCUGCUGCGGUGUGUGCGGUUAAGGUCUUGUACCAGGAGGGGAAGGAACACACUGCCUUUGUGGAUUAGGGCAGUAUGGGCUUACAUGAGACUGCUGGUGCAGUCAUUGUACUUCAACUCCCUCACAGACUCAGAUGUGGUCUUCGACUCAGUCUUUGAACCAGUGUUUUGGACCGUGGAUUAUGUCACCCGCUGGUUUGGCACGGUGUUUGUUUGUCUGGUGGUGAUACUGACGAGCUCCAUUUUGGCAAUAGCCUAUCUGAUCCUACUGCCUAUGAUCUUCCGCACAUACUCUCUUCCAUGGAUUACUUGGCACGUUUGUUAUGGACACUGGAACCUUGUCAAUAUUGUUUUCCAUUACUACAAGGCCACCAAUACUCUCCCUGGCUACCCCCCUACAGAAAAAAAUGACAGUCCGUUUGUGUCAGUCUGCAAAAAAUGCAUCCUUCCCAAACCAGCAAGAACACACCACUGUGGUAUCUGUAACAGGUGCAUUCUGAAAAUGGACCAUCACUGUCCCUGGCUGAACAACUGCGUGGGCCAUUUAAACCACCGUUAUUUCUUCUCCUUCUGCUUCUUCCUGGCCAUAGGCUGUGUCUACUGUAGCAUCAGUGGCAGAAACCUGUUCAUAGAUGCAUACAAUGCCAUUGAGCGCUUCAAGCAUUUGGAUGUGGAAAAGCCAGGGGUACCAGUAACAGGGAUGGGAAUUCUCAUAGGGCUUCUCCCCCCUGGGCAGACCAACUAUCAGACACCUGCACCUCCGUACACCUUUAAGGACAAGAUGAUUCAUAAGAGCAUCAUCUACAUGUGGGUGCUUACCAGCACUGUGGCAGUGGCCCUGGGAUCUCUGACCAUGUGGCAUGCAGUCCUCAUAUCCAGAGGAGAGACCAGCAUCGAAAGACACAUCAACAGCAGAGAAACUAAGCGAAUGGCAAAACGAGGACGGGUUUACAAAAACCCUUUUAACUAUGGCAGACUGAAUAACUGGAAGGUCUUCUUCGGCGUGGAGAAGACAAGUCACUGGGUGACGCGUGUUUUCCUUCCAUCUGGACACACCCCACCUGGUGAUGGUUUGAAAUGGGACGUCUUCCCAGUUAAAAAGGACCUAAUACCUGUAUGACAGACUCGACUCAGGCAUACUUGUAGCCUAAUAUCAGCAGUCUUUGCUGUGUCCAGCUCCCUCUGGUCAUUUGAACUGGUGAUCUGUUAGGAUCCCUGCAUGGUGGCUCCAUACAGCUGAAGAAAUGAGGACAUAUCAGCCUCCAAUACCUCAAAAACUUGCAAUGGCAUUGCUCAUGGGUCAUGAAAAGGCAACGUGUGAAGGAUGGUUUGUUCUUUACUGGGUUUUACUUAGUCUUACAAACAGGUCCAACUUGACUGAGCAUUGUGAGAACUGCAGUACCAUGAUAAUGUGUUAUUUAUCUGUAUUUUUUACCUGUUAAGUUAAUAAAUCUUUAUAAAUUGCUUUAU